UAAUCAAUUGCCGUUUUUAAUAUUUUGUAAGCAACUCAAACACGAAAAAAGUAAAGAUUAAAUCAAUUUCACAUAAAUUUCAUAAAUAUUGUGAAACAAAGGGUCUCCGACGCUUCCUUCUGGGUGUUACAAACUUCGUGACAAACUUAAUAUACCCUGUUCAGGGUAUAAAAAUGGUCCAUGGCUGCUGGACCAACAAAAAAUUGAGAGAAUGCCGACUGAUCUAACGAAGGCGCAUACUUACCAUCAACAAAAAAUCUAAAAAUGGGAACGUUAAAGCGCAAGCGUUAUAUAGUGAGGUCACUAAGAUUGUUCAGAAAGACAGUUCUGGAGUUAAGCCAGCAGGCGAGCAGCCGGAUGAAAGUUCAGAGCGUCGUAUGUGGGCAUCCCUAAUUGGACACAAACGAAAGGUACAUAAGGAAAAUCGUCAAAGGAGAAUAACUAAUAGAAUUAAAAAAGUAAGCAGAAAAGAGUGCCUAAACGUUCGGGAGCGUUCUAGAGGGGAUGAUUCGAGAGAUGGCUGUAAUAAUGCCAAAAACACAACAACGUCACUAUAAUGUGCAAUUUGUGGCGCAUUAAAACAAUGCGGGAUUCAAAACAUAGGCCUAACAAAUGUUAAAAAUAUGCAGAAAACAAAAAGCAGCACUUAAAUAGCCCUUAUAUGCUUGCGUUCUCAAGACGCUAUGGCUUCCUUUAAAUUUGAGCGAACUAAACAUCGGGUGUGUAAACUGACGUUGCGCAACACGAAAAGCUCCGUCGGUAUCGGGAAGGAUCUCUCCGAGCCGUUCGAUACCAAACGAGGUUGAGGACAAGGCGACUCCCUAUCGUGCGAUUUCUUCAACCUGCUUCUGGAGAAAAUAGUUCGAGCUGCAGAACUAAAUAGAGAAGGUACCAUCUUCAAUAAGAGUGUACAGCUGUUGGCGUAUGCCGAUGAUAUUGAUAUCAUCGGCCUCAACACCCGCGCGGUUAGUUCUGCUUUCUCAAGGCUGGACAAGGAAGCACAGAAAAUGGGUCUGGCAGUGAACAAGGGCAAGACGAAAUAUCUCCUGUCAUCAAACAAACAGUCGUCGCACUCGCGAAUUGGCUCUCACGUCACUGUUGACCGUCACAACUUUGAAGUUGUAGAUAAUUUCGUCUAUUUAGGAACCAGUAUUAACACUACGAACAAUGUCAGCCUGGAAAUCCAACGCAGGAUUGCUCUUGCCAACAGGUGCUACUUCGGACUGAGUAGGCAAUUGAAAAGUAAAGUCCUCUCUCGACGAACAAAAGGCAAACUCUAUAAGUCGCUCAUAAUUCCCGUCCUGCUAUAUGGUGCAGAGGCUUGGACGAUGACAGCAACCGAUGAGUCGACGUUACGAGUUUUCGAGAGAAAAGUUCUGCGAAAGAUUUAUGGUCCUUUGCGCAUUGGCCACGGCGAAUAUCGCAUUCGAUGGAACAAUGAGCUGUACGAGAUAUACGACGACAUUAAAAUAGUUCAGCGAAUUAGAAGACAGCGGUUAUACUGGCUAGGUCAUGUUGUCCGGAUGGAUGAAAACACUCCAGCUCUGAAAGUAUUCGACGCAGUACUCGCCGGGGGAAGCAGAGGAAGAGGAAGACCUCCACUCCGUUGGAAGGACCAAGUGGAUAAGGACCUAGCUUCGCUUGGAGUAUCCAAUUGGCGCCACGUAGAGAAAAGAAGAAACGACUGGCGCGCUGUUGUUAACUCGGCUGUAAUCGCGUAAGCGGUGUCUACGCCAAUUAAGAAGAACAAGAAGAAACACCGGGUGCUCGAUCUGUCGCCUCCGGGAGUACUUUCCUGUUCCCCGCUGUUAUAGAUGUUUCCAUCUAGGCCACAUGUUGCAGUCCGAUCUGCAGGUCUUCUCUUUGCACACAUUGUGGAAGCGCGGGACAUGUAUCAAAAGUAUGGAUUAAUACACCGAGUUGCAUGCUCUGAAAAGGCGAACACUCAGUUCUGAGCUCGACUUACCCUAAAUACAUGGAAUUGAAAAAUGGGAAUAAUGAAUAUUCCCAACGUUCGGAAAGUAUUUGGAUUACAGAUAAAAGUGGCAAAGCAGCAAUAUGGUCCAGCAACGGAGAAACAUUCAUAUCUUGCUGCAGAGAAGCAAAAAUAUAAAAGUUUUACAUGAACGCAAAUAGAAUUAUUUUUGGAAAACAGAUGCAAAUCGCCGGUAAUAAUAGCAGGUACCUUUAACGAAUGGUCGACUGCCUGGGGUAAUAGAAGUUCAAACCAUCGUGGGCACCUAGUUCUGGAAUUCCUGAGCCAAAUCAACCUCACAGUAAUUAAUGGUGGCACGGAAAAUACUUAUUAAAAAGGAAAUAAAAUAGAUCUUAGCAGACAGAUUAAGCGGGAGGUGUCAGAAAUGUUUACAAAUAGUGACCAUAUGGCUAUCAUUGCAAAAGUUUUGUUCUCCCGAGAACAGAAACCAGUAUGGAGUGCAGCAAAAGCACCAGGCAAAGGCAGCGUCCACUUAAUAUCCGCAUUGUGAAAAAAACUGGUGGCAGCAUGCGACGCUACAAUGUGAAGGACGUAAUAUCACAAUAAGCGAAGGUCUAUAUACUGGUGGAAUGAAGAAAUUGUCCCGCUAAGAAAACUCUGUCACUCAGCCCGACGUCGCCUUCAACCCAAUCGCAGUGGCAAAAAUGAAAACCGUGUCAAAGAAGCCUGUAAAAGUCAUAAGCAGCUUCUAAAGUCAGCUAUCACUAACAGAAAAAGAAGCUGUUCUGAAAAGAUCUGUGAAGAAGCGAAUUUCUAGCGCUGAACGAUGAAUCACCCCCGCUGUUUACAGUAGAAGAACAAUUGGCCAUAGCUCAAAAAGCGCCAGGAAUCGAUGGCAUAUCAAACAGAGCUCUACAGGUAGCCAUAAUUUCACAGCCCACUCUUUUCGCUUUUCUUUAACGCAUGGUUAAAAGAAGGGUGUCCCCUGAUCCCAGGAAAGUCUCGCCCCUUAUUUUAAUCCCAAAACUGGAAAAACCAGCAGAUGAACCUUCAUCGUAUCGACCUCUGUGCAUGUUCGACACAAUGGGCAAAGUGUACGAAAGCAUAAUAAGAAACUGCUUGGAGUUUGCAACUCAGAAAGCCGGCGGAUUAUCAAAAAGACAAUACGGCUUCAGAAAACAGAGUUUCACUAUCGAUGCGCUGAAAGAAGUUGUCGACACUGCAAAAUGUGCAGAAAGUGGCAAAAGACGGAAAGGUGGUACAAAAAAAUAUUGUGUUCUGAUUACCUUGUAAAGAAUACAAUAAACUCUGCAAAAUUGACAAACAUAUUUGAAGCUCUAUAUAAAAUACUCCUCCUUGGCACCUCAUAAAUAUCGUUAUGAGUUAUUUUGAGAAUAAAGGUUGAUCUACAACAACAACGAAGGCACCAAGAGCUUCCCUAUUUCAAGUGGAGUACCACAAAGUUCAGUAUUAGGCCCUCUCGUGAAUGAUGGGGUGCUAGAAUUCAACAACCAAAAAAACGUUAAGCUAAUUGCAUACGCGGGCGACCUUGAAUUUGGCAUUCACUUCAAACAAAGCAAAUAAUAUUUAUAUUGCCUUAUUAAGAAUGAUGGCAAAUAGAGUGUGUGGUCUCCAGCCGUCGACUUCGUCGUCGCGUCAGUCCUUCCACACAUUGACUCAGGAAUAUGCAUCUCUACUCAGGAAUAUGCAUCUCUAUCUCAGGAAUAUGCAAUCUCUGCAUUGACUCUUUGAUAAAACGUGAACAAUAAGUGGCCAUAUUUACAUACAAAGUUGUGUGUAGACAAAUUUACGAACAUUAUGCGUAUGGUUCUUUCAAAUUUGUUUAUAUGUACACAUAACUACAUACUUGAAUAUGAGCGAUGGCUUGGUCUUUCUACAUAAUAUCAAAACUUUUAAUGCCCAGCAAAUAAAUAUAUAAUUUAUAAUAAUUAAAUAUUUAGGUAAUAAUACAAACAUGAUUUUAUUGCAUAUGUCAAAAGAUUUUACAUGUAUAUGCCAGGGAUAAAGGGAUGUUCAAUUUAUUCCAGUUUGAGAGCGCCUAAAAAUAGGCGUUUUUUAUAACAUUUUCCAUUGUGGCUAGAUCGAACAAAAUAACAAUAUACAUAUAUAGUGCUAUAUCACCAUUAAAAGAUUUAUUUACAUACAAAAUUUAAAACAACGAAACGAUAAUAACUCAUUAAUAUAUGCAUACAUACGAAAAAACAAAAGGAUAAUAAUUCAUGUAACAAAAUAAAUAAAAAUAUCACAGAUAAAAUAUUUACAUAUGUACAAAUGCCUACAUUGAAGUCACAAAUUCAAAUUUUACUUAAAAGAAGUACUCUCUAAUUUUAGUGCUUCUUUUUUCUUAAAAAGUAGUUAACUACCCACUUUCGAUUGUAAGUUUAAGUUCGCUUAUUGUAACCAUUAAAAAAUGAAAGCUUAAAACCUAUAGGUGUGAAAUAGGGGAUGUUCGAGUCUCAAUCACUGCGGCAAUAUUGCAAAGCAUCACGUUCGAUGCAAAAAUGUGGCAACUUUUGCAAAUGUCAAGCGUUCGAGCAACUCAAAUUUUGACAUUUCUUGCGCGCAAAAGUGACAAAAUCGGCAUCAGCGAAAUUCAUGAUGAAAAAUAUGAGCCCGGAGCUAAGUCGCAAUUUCACCAAGCAACAACUCGACAAAUCGACAUCAGCGAAAUUCAUCAUGGAAGAUAUGAGCCCGAAGCUAAGCCACAAUUUCACCAAGCUCCUAGUGAGAAGCCGGCUCGAAAUGGAGCACGAAUUUUCUGCGGGGAAACGUAAAAAGUCAGUUUUAUGGGCAAAAGUGGUCAACAAAAUGAGUAUGGUUAAUGCGGAUGUUCCAAAAUCGAAGGACCUAAUGCAAAGAAAGUUUUUGAAUUUAUUUGCGACAUACAAACGUAUAAAGAGGCGAAAUGAGCAGACUGGGAGAGAGGCAACAAGCUGGGAGUUUUUUGAAGAGUUCGACGAUGUGUACGGUAGGCGGCAUUCCAUUCAACCGCCAGCCAAAAACCUUCAAGGCUCCUUAAUGGAUAGCGCUGAAGUGUGUGAAGGGAGUGGAGACGAUAAUACUGACUACUCUUCCGAAAGUCAACUCGUAAACGAACGACGAAAGCGUCCAAAGACUGCCGCCAACGAAGCAUUGGAAUUUUUAAAGAAUGAGGCUCUAAAAGAACAAACACGUCAUGAAGAAGUGCUACAAUUCGAAAAAGAAAAAUUGAAUUUUGAAAAAGAAAAAAUAAACGUAAUGAUGAAGUUGCGGGAAACUUUAGAAAAGUUAACCGAAAAGUAAAAAAAAAAAAAAUUUGAAAAAUGUAAACUUGAUCUCUUUUUAUAAUUUUUUAUUACUGUUGUGACCUGAAUGAAAUAAAA